UUAUUCGUGCAAUUUGCGUUAUUCCAAAAUUGUCGUUAUUGACGUUAUUCGUUCAUAGUCAAAAUACGCAUUCUUGAAAAUUCGUUAUCCGCACUAUUUUAUUUUUGUGUCGUAGUUGAAAGCCAAUAAAAAUUUUCAUAAUUUCCCAAAUUCCCAGGAACACAUGUACUUCAUUUCAUUCCGCUUUAGUUGUGAUUUGUGUUGUGUUUGAUUUUAAUUUUUAAACGAAUAAAGUACGUAAUUAGUUAAUUGGUGCUUACGGAUUUUGAUUUACGAUGGAUUUCUCCGCUAAUCAAAAACAAAGAAGACCCAAAGCGAACAAAGCCCAGAAAGAAUACCUCGUUCAAUACAUCUUGGACCACCCAGAACUAAAGAGUAACAAAUUUUCUAAUUCCUUCACCUACGCUAAGAAGAAAUCAAUGUGGGACAAUCUUACUAUAAAAUUGAACAAACGUGGACCUGAGAAAAAUGCAAAAGAAUGGGAAAAAUACUGGAUGGACCAAAGAUCGAAGAGUAAAAAUGACGAAGCAAUUCGCCGUAAAAGAAAUCGUAUGACUGGCGGAGGUUCGCCUCCUACCGACUGUCCUUCUCCGACGCGACAAAAAAUUUUGGAAAUUAUCGGUGGCGACGUUGUUAUUGAAGGGGAGGAUGUUACCGAAUAUGGAGUGAACCGUUCCCAAUCGAUCCCAGCCAAUGUUGCAGAUGUACAUUUCAAUGAAACAGAUGAUUCUGUUGAAGAUGUAUUUUUCGAAGUAGACCUGCCGGAUUCUUACUCUGACAAAGAAAACGAGCCGGAUGUUAUGUUUGAAACUGUAGGUCCUAGUCCUACGUCUGUGACUACUGUGUCGUCUGUGAUUAAAAGUCCUAUUGCUCGAAAGUCUGUAAUUAACAGUCCUGUCGCUCGGAAGUCUACCAAACCGAAAGCUGUUCAAACAUUUGCUAAAAGAAAUAAUGAAACUGCGGGUAGUUCGUCUAUGACUCCUAUAUUGUCAUCUGUUGUUACAAAUCUUUUCGCUCGUAAGUCUACUGCACCUAAAACUGAUCAUGUUCCUCCUUCACGUAAUACUGAGCAAAAAAAAGACUCAGUUUCAACUGAUAAGAAGAAAGAACUGAAACGUAAGCAUACGAAACAAGAAACCGAAGCUAAUGAAAAUAAAAUGCUGAUGGAUCUCCAGAGACAGCAAACAGAAGCAGUGGCUUCUAUGGCCGAUUCGUUCAAAAUAAUAGCUGCAACCAUGUCUAAGAAUUCGUAGAAGCGUAGAUAGAGUGACUAACCUCAGGGCUGUUUGAUUGAUUCGAGGAUUAUACCUCGUUUUGUGUAAUUUUUUUAUUUCAUUGUCAUUUUGUUUCGUGACUUGUACUCUUGUUUCGUAUGUAAAAGGAAAAAAUGCCCUUUUGAUUAAUUUGGUUUUAUAUCAACAGCCCCAAGUCACCUUUUUGAAUUAUUUUUAUUAUAAGUAUGUUUAAAAGUUGCAAUCUACUAUGUUGCGAAUUUUUUAUUAUUAAUUUAUUUCAAAUUGAUCGCUAGGAACAGAACUCUAACAUCCAUGGAGUGGCCUCUCGAUAUUACUUUUAUUGUAUGUUUGAAAGUCGCGAUCUCCUAUGUUGCCAUUUUUUAUAUUAUUAAUUUCUUUCUCGGUGCAAGUUCCCAAAGAUUCAAUUGUAAGGCAUGUUUUUUCAAUAAAUAUAAAUAAACAAAUA